ACAGACAGACAGACAAACAGACAGACAACAGGCACCGAUGUGAAGUUGAACGAUGGAUUUCUCCGCAGCGGCAUUAUGAACAUUCCCUUCCAAAGAAGAGUGAGCCCGAAAUACGGACACAACUUCGUAGGCAAGCGAUCGGGGUUCCAGUCUCCCGUCUCCCCCUCAGAUUAUUUCAUCCCAGACGAACUCAAUGAUGAAGACGAAAGUCCAAACAUGGACACGUACGCCCUCUUCAGAGAAUUGCUUGGAGAGUAUCCAUCAUCAGAGUUGUCCGACGAUGACGUCAUCAGACCGUAUCCCGUCGUGCCAUGGGCUUGGGAUAGGUUUGAAAGCAAGCGUUUUUCAAAAGAAAACGAGAAGCGCGGGAGCCCGGGUUUCAGCCACAGUUUUGUGGGCAAGAGGAUGGAUCUGUCUGCCUUGGAGAAAGAGUUGAUUGCCAAACUGAAAGCUGCUGAUUUGCUGAGUCCAUUGGAAACGGAAGCCCCCGGUAAGCGACGGUUGCCUAGUUACGGCCACAGCUUUCUUGGAAAGAGAAUGCCAGUCGACGUCUUCCCUAGAGCUAUCCCUUCCUACUCGCACAAUUUUGUUGGGAAACGUUCUGGCAACGGAGAAAACUACUUCGACGACCUCGACACAUUUGGGGACAUCUCUCAAAGGGCUGACCUGGGAUUUACUCACAGCUUCGUGGGUAAACGUGGGAAUACUGACUUUUCAAGAAAUCCCUUGGCGAGAUUAUCUCAGGUACAAAACCGAGCCAUUCCAAAUUUUGUGCACAAGUUUGUCGGGAAGAGAUCCGUCCAUAAUAUCGUCAAAAGAUCGAGUCCUUUCUACGGCCACAACUUUGUAGGUAAACGCGACUUUGAAGACGCCAGCGAAGGUCUUGAUGAGGAAGAGGGAGAUAUCGAUGGCUAUUCCGAUGAUUUAGAUGUUAAAAGAGUUCCAGGAUAUUCACACAGUUUUGUAGGAAAAAGAAUACCGGGGUAUUCUCAUAGUUUUGUAGGUAAAAGAACGCCUGGCUAUUCACACAGUUUUGUUGGUAAACGAGUUCCUGGUUAUUCUCAUAGUUUUGUAGGUAAACGAGUACCCGGCUAUUCGCACAGCUUUGUUGGUAAACGAGUUCCUGGUUACUCUCAUAGUUUUGUAGGUAAACGGGUACCCGGCUAUUCGCACAGCUUUGUUGGUAAACGAGUUCCUGGUUACUCUCAUAGUUUUGUAGGUAAACGGACUCCUGGCUAUUCGCACAGCUUUGUAGGUAAACGGGCACCUGGCUAUUCACACAGCUUUGUUGGUAAGCGGACACCGGGUUAUUCCCACAGUUUUGUUGGUAAACGGGCACCUGGCUAUUCACACAGCUUUGUAGGAAAACGAGCACCAGGUUAUUCCCACAGUUUUGUAGGUAAACGGGCACCAGGCUAUUCACACAGCUUUGUUGGUAAGCGGGUACCGGGUUAUUCCCACAGUUUUGUAGGCAAACGGGCACCAGGCUAUUCGCACAGCUUUGUUGGUAAGCGGGUACCGGGUUAUUCCCACAGUUUUGUCGGUAAACGGGCACCAGGCUAUUCCCACAGCUUUGUAGGUAAACGAGAACUAGGUGAGGAUGAGAUAAACUUUCUAAAAGAGGUAGACGCAGCAGACAUUUCUAGACAACUUGCAGAAGAAGACGAAAAGGAAGCAAUGGUAUCAGUUGAUGAUAAAGAGACACUCAGCAACGAAGAAGACGCAUCUGAAGACGAUUUUGAGAAGCGGGAACUGAACUUCCAACACGCGUUCGUCGGUAAAAAAGAUGAAGAGGGGGAUAUGGGGGUUGAAAUGGAAGAAGAGAUGGAAUCAGAAAAAGGUCAACCAGGUUACGGAAACGCCUUCCUUGGAAAGAGGCAGCCGUCUUAUGGACAUUCGUUCGUCGGUAAGCGACAACCUGGCUACUCACACUCAUUCGUGGGAAAGCGUGUGCCGAGCUUCGGACAUUCCUUUGUAGGCAAACGGCAACCAAGCUAUACCCAUGCCUUCGUUGGGAAAAGGGAUCCUGGUUUCAAUCACGCCUUUGUUGGCAAACGCCAGCCUAGCUUCGGCCACUCAUUUGUCGGGAAACGCCAACCUAGUUUCACACAUGCGUUUGUAGGUAAACGACAACCUAGCUUUGGUCACUCGUUUGUUGGUAAACGAUCAGGAGCAGAAGACAUCGAUAAUACGUUUACGGAUAACUUUGUGGUCAAGGGAAGCGACCCACUUGAAGACGUCCUUGAUUUUUACAGUGAUUCUCAGCUAAUUGAGCAGCCUGCAGCCGCAAACGAGGAAGAGUUGCAACAAGAGGCUGCUGAGGAAUCUGAAAAUCAGACUGGAACGAAACAACUUGAUGACAAAAGCAAUGUGCCAGCUAGUUCAUUGGGGGAUGAUUUGCCAUCACCGGUGUCAUUAUCCAAACAGGAAGAUGCAGAGGAUUCGCACAUCAUGGCUACCAGCAGCACGUGAUGGCCUCUCGUAGCUCUCUAAAUUUUUUGUUGACUUUGUUUACUUGUGCUGUAUUAAACCUGUGUCCCUUCUUACAAGCACAACUGUUUAGGUAAAUCAGUUCGACCGUUGCAAUAAUGAAGCAGAAAAUGACUGGAAAUAGGUAGGAAAAAAUCACCAAACAAUAAUAUAUCUAAGCCACAGACAACUGGAAAGGGUGAACUUCGCCGCUCUGCCCUGCCUCUGAAGGAGAGAAAGAGAGAACGAGAGAUAGAGCGAAAGACUGAUGACAAUGUGGGCACCAAACACAAACCAGCAUUCGUAAAUAAGGAGAGAACAAAAUGAAACUAUAAUCUACUAGGUAAUCCACUCAGGAUACGGCAUUAGAACACAUCAGAGCACUCGAAAAGUAUCGUAUCUUGUUUAUCUAUUCGGGGAUUCACACAAGAUAAAUCACCGUACUAAUGUGAUAUUGAAAAGAAAUUCCGCGAGGCUUGGCUUAGAAAGGUCUCAGAAGCAAGAAUAACAAAAAAGCCAUGUUCUCUAAGCCACAGUAGAGGAUCUGUCAACAUACUCUAUGUGAUUGAAAAGUAACUCUCGACUGUGAGACUCUCUUCAUUUAUCAUAUCGAGUGCCCACUCUAUGGCAUAUUUGCCACUUUGUUUUAGAAUCCAAGAUAAGAUUGAAUUGCCUUUCAUCUCAAUAUCUCAGAAACAACAAAAGGGGAAAUUGAUCAGUCUCAACGUCUGCCAAACAGAAAGAAGAAAGGACUGCUACUUCAUCAUAAUUUCUCAAAAAUAACGAAACAAUGGAUUACUCUCAUCUUCAGCCCUACUUCUUGACGAAUCGAGAUUGUGUUUUGGUGAAUCCUAGAUCUGUGUAGCAUGUUGAAGAAAUGCUUGAGAAACUCAUAUCAAACGACAAAAAGCUGCCUUGAGUGGAACAA